AUGAACAAAGAGAAGGACCAAAUCUUGUUCGGAGGUAGUCGGUCUUGGAACGCCGCAGACUGGACUGCAAGCGACGAUCGUGUACGCGGUGGGAAAUCACAAUCUUUUCUCGAAUGCCACAGCAGCACAGGGCGAUUCCAUGGCAAUCUCGACAUCAAAACACUAGGUGGCGCAGGAUUUGCAAGCCAGCGGACCACGGGCGAGGAUAGAGGCUGGGAUUUGUCUGAUUAUGCAGGAAUCGUGCUCGACAUUGCAGAAGCCGACGGCAAACUCGCAGACAAAAGAUACACCUUCAUCCUCAAGGAUGAGCUACUUCCCCGCAAUCCAGACAACGGACGUGAACAAGCCACCAUCUCGUGGGAGUACGACUUCAAGCCUUGUUCCGGGGAAAGCAGUCUCGAGAAAGGUGGCCUUGUAUUCGUUCCAUGGUCUGGUCUGAAGCCGACCUAUCGCGGUAAGGAGAAGGAGCAUGCGGACCCUAUCAAUCUCGAAACAAUCAAGAGGAUGAGCAUCAUGAUGCGAAGCUUCUUUGGCGAUCAGGAGGGACCAUUUUCCCUGACCUUACGCUCUAUCACUGCAGUUGCGAGCUCACCGGUCGAACCCGGCAGACUCGAACGAGGUGACGCAGCAUCUGCAACAAACAGCACUAGUCGAUGGAGCCGGUAUACCCAAUCGUUCAAUCUUGCAUUAUCGUCGUGGCGCAUCUGCGGACUCGCUUUGCUCGCGACUGCCCUAUACUACCUACAUCGCAACACUUCGCCAGCAGCCUGA